AUACAGUGCUAGUGCUAGUGUGUAGGAUCUAGGACUGUAUAGGUGCAGAAAAAUGAUUAGCAGCUAGCUAGCCAUGACAAACAGAGUGAGCAGUCACCAUGCCUGGAGUCAAGAGACCAAUCUUAGGCUCAAGAAUCCAAGAGUCAAGAGGCAGCUUGGCAGUACCAGUGCUGGAUGGAUAACUCCCCUGCAGUUACAUCAAUCAAGACCCCCUAGCCCUGCAUACUCAACACAAGCUAGCUCCAAAGCAUCUACUAGACUACACUCUGGGAGAAAGGCUGCUACUAGGCCUAACUCAAGAGCAAGUGAAUCCUAUUCAAGGCUAGACUCAAGAUUGCAGAGCUCAUCUGCGGCUUCAUUACGGUCCGUCUCACUGGGUACAUUUUCUAAACCACUCAAGCUGGCACCCAGGUCUCAGUCAUCUCAGGGAUUUCAAAGCAAGUGGUCAACAGUUUCUAGGCCCUCCUCCGGUAGCAUUACCCCACCCCAAGGCUUCGAUCUGGCCUCAUAUAUCAAGCAAAACGGAUCAGCUAGAGGGAUUGUUAUUGGACGUAAUGGACAACCCACAUCUGACAACUAUUUCGAUGCUUACCUAACACAGUGUGAAAGCGAACUGUUUACAAAACAGACAGAGAUUGAUUCGGAAGAGAGUUCAUCCAACAUGUCUGAGACAAGUGACAGUGCAGCUAGAAGACACCAGUCUGUUCCUUUGUGUUGGGAAGAGCAACUUGCACUAUCAGAGCCUGAGUAUCUACGCUACGUCUCCCCUACACCAUUGAGGAAUAGUGUGCAAACAAGUGCUCCAAACGGACAACAGCAAUUCAUGAACAAUUUAAAAGUGAAAUUGAUGCUUAAUAACCGGUGUCUGCUUGACACUACUUGUGUCAAGUUUCUGCAAGAGUCAGCAACAAUAUUACCCAAUCAAGAUACAAGUACAAUUGCCGAAGAGCAGUCUCCAAAUCAGUGUCACAUUCUGGACAUACUAUUGUACGGUUUAAAUCAACACGCACAACAGGAACUUGAAAAGCAGACAUUUGAAGUGUGUAUAGUAAAACGUGAUCGUUCAGGCACUGGUGAAUCUGUUAGUGUGUUCAAGGAUCUAACUGCAAGGAGGCUGCUCAAGUAUGUGUCUGUAAUCAAAGUUCAUCUUGAUGUAGUUCAAACUGGGAGGAUGGAGUCACUGGAUAGCCAGCUGAGCAGUGUGACAGUUGUGUAUGGAAAACAAAGAUUGCUACUAUUCUCAGCUCAGUUGCAGUCCUAUCUUGACUCCCCCCUUGAACGUGUUAGCACACAACCUAGCUGCAAUGGUUUUGCCAAGCAGCUCCAUUCACAGCUUCUCGAGACCCAAAUGAAAGAGAAAUCGCACGUGGGCACACCGGACAUUCCUGAGAAGUUCUUCCACAAGAGAACCAGCUACUGCAAUCAGGAGGACGAUGAAGACAGGACAGAUAUUGCCCUGAUCUCGAGCUACCUCCCAGAGUUGCGACUGACUGAACAUGAAGAGAUCUCCUCACCCAGCCACGCUACACUAGUAGCUACAGUGCACAAUAAUGACCCAACAUUGACUGGCCCCACUCCACUCUGCACCAGUGUACCCCAUUCGGGUAACAAGCGAGCUCCCAAAAUCAUCAUUGUUCCAUCUGCAAGUGAGAAGUGCCACCCAGGGAGUAUGCAGUACACUUGCGGUGAGAAAGAGAACGAAAAGACGUUGGACAGUUUGAUCAAGCAUUAUCAGGAGGACGAGAGUGGAGCUUUCACUACAAUUACAAAUAGCUGGAUUGGACAGUACUUUCAAUGAGACACAACAUUGUUUCUUUUCAAUUUUGUUCGCAUAAUCAAUCAAUUACAAAACUGAUUUUCAAACAUUGUAACAUUAUGUUAGUAGACAGUCUCUAUGGCCAACUCUGAGAGGCCAGAAUAAAUAAAGUUAUAAAUAAGUUAUAAAAAAAAGUAGAUAUUAUUUA